AUGUCCAAAAGUUGUCAGAUCCAUCUCAAUGCACCACUGGUCACAGUGGGGACCGUGGAGGAAGCACAGCAAAGUAAGUACUCGGAUAGAUUAGUCACACCUCUGACAGAGAGCUCUCCUUUGAUUGUCUGAUAAGUAUUAGGACCAGAGUAAGAACUAAGCAAGGGAUCGUGCCUCAUAGCAGUCAUUACUCAUUGGCUACUGUGUGUGUGUCAGGGGAAAACGCCCGUUCUCACUGCAAGCAUGCUGAAUUAGACAGGGAAAGAAGACGAGAACCAUGGUAGAUUUAAUUCAAAGACCCCCAUUCAUGGCCCUUUUUAUAGAGUGAGCCUUGGGUUAUUGUCAGUUCAAAUUCAGGGUCAUGGGAAUAUUCAAUACUACCCUGAUUGUUGUUGUUCCUUGUUCAUUCAGUUGGAAAGGAUAAAUAUAUGUGUAUGUGUGCCUUUAAGAAAACUCCUAUACUGUAUACAUAUUUCAGUUGUGUCUUUGACAGCUGACAGUUCUGUAUGUAGUAGCAGCUGACAGUUCUGUAUGUAGUAGCAGCUAAAAGUUCUGUUUGUAGUAGCAGCUAACAGUUCUGUUUGUAGUAGCAGCUAACAGUUCUGUUUGUAGUAGCAGCUAACAGUUCUGUUUGUAGUAACAGCUAACAGUUAUGUUUGUAUGUUUGUAUUAGCAGCUAACAGUACUGUUUGUAGUAGCAGCUAACAGUUCUGUUUGUAGUAGCAGCUAACAGUUCUGUUUGUAAUAGCAGCUAACAGUCUGUUUGUAGUAGCAGCUAACAGUUCGGUAUGUAGUAGCAGCUAACAGUUCUGUUUGUAGUAGCAACUAACAGUUCUGUUUGUAGUAGCAGCUAACAGUUAUGUUUUGUAGUAGCCGCUAACAGUUCUGUUUGUAGUAACAGCUAACAGUUCUGUUUGUAGUAGCAGCUAACAGUUCUGUUUGUAGUAGCAGCUAACAGUUCUGUUUGUAGUAGCAGCUAACAGUUCUGUUUGUAGUAGCAGCUAACAGUUCUGUAUGGUAGUAGCAGCUAACAGUUCUGUUUGUAGUAAACAGCUAACAGUUCUGUUUGUAGUAGCAGCUAACAGUUCUGUUUGUAGUAUGUAGACCAUAAGGACGUCAUGUCAGCUGGCCAUACUGUUUUGACAGUGUCAUUGUUUUCAACAGUUUGUUUUCCAGACCCAGUGAUGUUUGUCUUUAGGGUUUGUACUGUAGCAGGCUUUUGUUGUUUGCGUAUAGCGGAGGACUUUACUCAUACUCACUCUGAACACUUAGACCAUGUAGUACUGUACACAAACUGUUUGGUCAGCCUUGAGGGAGUGUGCCUUUUGGCUGGACAGCUUCUUCUGACAAACAAUACAUUUGAGACUGGAAUUAUCAUACUCUUAAAAUACUGAGUAACAACCCUAAUCAACUCUACAAUAAAAAAAAAAAAAAAUGCAACUUGUUCGAACUUCUCAGCAUGUGAAAUGUUAAGGGAAUAAUAUUACAUGGUGAUAAAUUCAUUGUUGUGGUUAAUCAGUUGAAACAUGGAUGAGCAUGCUUUACUUUGGCAAAACAGGUCAGUCAGUGUUGACUAUGGAACAGGGUCAACUUCAACCAGGGAGGGGCGGAUUAGUUCACACAGAUGGAAUCUGUUAGAAAGUCCAGUAAAGUGUUGAUAAGAAAUGGACGUUGGCUAAAUUCCUUUGGGACAUUAUAGUCCUACAUAACAUGUGACUGUAUCAUGUAGUAUAGCGUGUAAGAUGCUGCAGUUUCCAAACUGUUGUUUUCUUGAUGUUGAUGAAUGGUUGUACUGGCAACCUGCCCAGACUGAGCAUGAUGCAGACCAUCUCCUAACGUAUAGCUUUACAACCCAACAUGACAACAUGACAGGCAUGCUGUCUAAGAAGCUUUUUGUGUGUCAGACAAUAUACUGUACCUCUUGGCAAUACAGUAAAUCUCAGACAUACAGUAGAGUGUCAUGUUCUUGUUGUUAUUGUCAUGGAAUAUUGUCUUAACUGGUGUCAUCAUCAAUUGAAGAAAGAUGUGGCUUGGACUUACUCUCUCUGUAAGAUGGGAUGUGUCCCUCCAUUCAGGCUCACAGCCCAGGCCCUUUAAUAUACUGUAUCAAUUGAUGUGUACCACGCUGGGGAUUUACGUAUGUGUUGCUCUCUGAGAUGUAAACAUCCUUUUAAAAUGAUUAUUUCAGUAAAAGAGGAGUCUCACAAACGAUUAGGCGAGUGUUUGUUUCCACAGGGCCAGUUGAGUAAUGCCGUGGAGAACUAAUGUAUAACAAAUUCAUUGUGUGAUGGUGCUAUGAAAGCAUAUGUUAUAGUACAGAGUUCACACAGUCAGUAUUCAGACACAGUCUGUAUCCACCAUGGGAACACAUCCCUCACUAACACUGAUACAAUACUGAAUAGAGUUUAAUUAAUGUCCACUUUCUCCUCUCUCCAGACCACAGAUUUGUUUGAAAUGAUUGAGAAGAUGCAGGUAAGGCAUUUUGGAUAUUACAUCUUUUUUAAAUCUAACCUAAACUUUCGAAGCAAGGCAGUGCCACUAACCAGUGAAUUAGUCUAUAUGUGAUGCUCUAUUGGCUUUGCAUUACAGUAACAAUGGCUUGUCUUGACCUUUGCUCUGUACUGAGGGUCAGCAGGGCUAACAGACAGUUAGGGUAAGACAGUGUUAGAGUAAAGAUGUCAGGACAAUAGUGGUAUGUCUGGACAGACACUCUUAUGAUACUUCUACCCAGCCUCCCGCGCUGCUAAUUAUCAUGCUUCAAAGAACACACAAUAACCCUCUGUCCUUUGAAAGCCAUUACCAUCCUCCCUACCAAAAAUAGAGGAAUAUAGGUUAACAUGGCAGCCUUUGCACUACUGCAUCAUAAGGCAAGACCGUGUUUGAUACAUUACAAAAUAUUGGGGAACAGGGUGUCCUUUUUACACUGUCUGAAAGUACAUUUUUACUUUAACAGAUUACUUUAUUGUACUUACUGUAACAGCAAAAGUAUUAAUAGAGGAUUUUCAUCUUUCUCUAGGUAUGAUGUAUUAUUUCAGGAUUAUUAUGAGAAAAGGAAACCAAAUUAUUGGACUUGAAGAAAAUGUAUUUUUAUGCUGUAUGUUGACAUAGUUAUGUGUAAAGGCAUGUCUUUGAACAGAAGAUAAUCUGUUUGUUUGCCAAAUGCUCCAGGAAUUCUUCCUCUCCUCUAUCUCAGACAGCAUAUCAAACAGACAGCAGCAACUAUCAGCUCCAUCAUAUCAAACAGACAGCAGCAACUAUCAGCUCCAUCAUAUUAAACAGACAGCAGCAACUAUCAGCUCCAUCAUAUCAAACAGACAGCAGCAACUAUCAGCUCUAUCAUAUCAAACAGACAACAGCAACUAUCAGCUCCAUCAUAUCAAACAGACAGCAGCUACUAUCAGCUCCAUCAUAUCAAACAGACAGCAGCAACUAUCAGCUCCAUCAUAUCAAACAGACAACAGCAACUAUCAGCUCCAUCAUAUCAAACAGACAGCAGCAAACUAUCAGCUCCAUCAUAUCAAACAGACAGCAGCUACUAUCAGCUCCAUCAUAUCAAACAGACAGCAGCAACUAUCAGCUCCAUCAUAUCAAACAGACAGCAGCAACUAUCAGCUCCAUCAUAUCAAACAGACAGCAGCAACUAUCAGCUCCAUCAUAUAUAACAGACAGCAGCAACUAUCAGCUCCAUCAUAUCAAACAGACUCACAGCCCUCACAUGGUCAGUGCUUUACCCACAUGUCUGUAGCCACUAUCUAAACACACUCAUGGACUGAGAUACAAACACUCAGCCCUUGUGUUUUAGGGGCAUUUCAGGCCGCAUACCGUAUGCCAAGUCUUUCUAAGUGACACAGUUCCAGCGGUCUUAUUACUGCGUCCAUGCCUUUGUCUUUCAGGUUAACUGGCUGCUCUUUUCACAGAUGAAUUCCUUCUAUGCAUCUCCCUACCUAUCUCUCUAUCUCUCUCCAACUCCCCACUCUGCAUCCCUUUGCUCUUUUGCCUGCUUUCUGUAUUACACACAUGGAUGGCUGUGUUACCUCUUUGUCUGUUGAUAAUAUGAUUAGUCCUCCCUGUACUUUGUUACUCCUUCUGGAACUGUGGAUUCAGAUGUAACUAAUCUGUCAGAUAAGAUGUACGACACGGUUGUGAAUCAGUAAUAAUGAUGAGCAUCUCUGGACCGUUGACUACCUGGGGUUGGAAUAUAACAUCAGCUAUCAUGUGUAACUAACAUGUGACCAUUCUCUCUUCUUCUUUCUCUCUCUCUCUCCUCCUCUCUCUCUCUCUCUCUCUCCUCUCUCUAUCUCUUCUCUCUCUCUCUCUCUCUCUAUCUUUUUCUCUCUCUCUCUCUCUCUCUCUCUCUCUCUCUCUCUCUCUCUCUCUCUCUCUCUCUCUCUCUCUCUCUCUCUCUCUCUCUCUCUCUCUCUCUCUCUCUCUCUCUCUCUCUCAGGGCAACAGAAUGGACGAGCAGCGAUGCACCUUUCCUCCCCCACUCAAAGUAUGCUGGCUCUCAAGACCUCUCUCACACUGACACACAGUACCUCCAUUGUCUCACUGCUCCUCAUAUCUCUCUGUAGCUGUCUGCUGACAGCGUAAAGACAAGAGAAAAAUGUGGUCCAUGCUUACAGUUCACAGCACUCAUAGUGCUCAAAUCUAACAGCCCUCCAUAUCUAAUAAUAUAUAAACUAAGAUGGUUAUAAGGAUAGAAUAAAUGUUACAGAGUAAUAUAAUCAUCACAUCCCUGCAGCCUCAUUGUCUGUAUCAAAGCUGAAAGGCACUUUGGCUUGGAUUUAAUGGUUUAAUUCAAUUAGUAGUAUCACUGAAGCCUACUGAGAGACAAAUGUCUUACUUGGUGUGUCUGUGUUAUUCCCUCUGCAGACUGAGGAGGACUACAUUCCUUACCCCAGUGUCCAUGAGGUAUGUACAGACUCAACAACAAUACAGUCAUUUCACCAGUAACAUGGAUUUGGAGUAUUUGUGCUUCAUGGUUGAUAUUUCAGUAUUCAUUGGAAAUCACUAUCACAUUGCUUGGGCAAAAAAGACCCCAACCUCUCUGUGCUCAUCUCUAUGUUGUGAAACAGGUGUUAGGGAGAAAGAGCAGGUUCCCCCUGAUUCUGCUACCUCAGUUUGGAGGUUACUGGAUCGAGGGGAACAACCAUGAGCUGAGUGACAGUACUGACCCAGACCAGAUCCAGCCUCUGUCCCCAACCACACGCAACAAACUGGAGAGUAACUCCACCGCCAAGAUCUACAGGAAGCACUUUCUGGGCAAGGUGAGGCAGAACACUGGGACUGUUGUGAAGGAGUUUGGCUGAGUGGUAACUGCAUGAGACUGGGGUUUGAUUUCCGCUUCAGCAUUUCUGUACUUUGUCUCCUCCUUAACCCCCCCUGUCCUUCAAAUCACUUCCAACUGCUCCUACAAUAAUAUGACAAAAACAAGCACCGUGGCUGUACAUUUAUGUGGGUACAAAACAUUUGUAAAGCACCUUUCAUACAACAUAUUGCAGCCCAAAGGGCAUUCUACUAGUAUGGAGAGACCAUAACUCAUAGGUAAGUGUUUUACAAUCAAUGUCCCUUCCUAUUCAUUACAGUAAUGAAAGAGCGUAACCUAAUAAGAGUGACUCUUCAUGCCGGUUGACACUUCAGAGACUGGUGCUAAUGAAGAUGCAUUAGGCUUUGCCACGUUUUACACCAGCCAGAGUAAUAUUAACAAAUCUAAUCUGCCCAUAGAGGUGAGGAAAGAUUCUGAAUGGAAUGGCAGCAGUUGCCUGGCACAGAAAGCCUACUGUUAAUGAAUUAACUAAUUAAAAGUGUUUGUGUGUGUGUGUCUGGGUGUGGGUGUGUACUCGCGCCUGUGUGUGAAAUUUGAGAGAGAAAAUGGUCUCUUCGGCUGACUGUGUCCUUGUGCUGCGUCACCAGGAGCACUUUAAUUACUACUCAGUGGACGGAGCUCUGGGACAUCUGGUGUUCUCCCUGAAGUAUGACGAGAUCGGAGACCAGGAACACCUCCGCCUCAUGCUUAGGUAAAACAACCUUAGCCAUCCACCAUCAUCAUCAUCAUCAUCAUCACCAUCAUCACCAUCACACUAUCAUCACCAUCAUCAACACCAUCAUCACCAUCAUCAUCAUCAUCAUCACCACCAUCAUCAUCAUCACCACCACCACCACCACCACCAUCAUCAUCAUCAUCAUCACAACCUUCUCUCUGCUGGCUCUCAUCCCUGUCCCCUCCUCCCCUUCCAGCCCCACUUUCUCCUUUAUCAGGACACUGUGUAUACAUACAGUAGACUGUAAACAUACUGAUACUGUUUACAUACGUCUGUAUCUCUACAACUGAGUAAUGCCCAGUUGUAGCUCUGCUGUAAUCAAGGAAAAGUUGCUCAAAUUAGAAUGUCCAUUCAUUUCCAGUGUUUAUAAAUCUUUCCCUUUUGUGGUGAUAAUCCCGUUCUCCAACUGAUAGUCUUAUCAUAGGAGUCAUAAAGCCAGGGAGAGUGUAAACACCGCACUGUCAUUUCCUCAUCCGCAUGAUGUGACAGAAGGACUAUUUAGGUCAGUGAGUGGGUGGAGGGAUACGGAUAUAGGGACUAGGGCAGGGCUGGGUUAGUUAUCUACAGUAGCUAGAUGAUCCAUUCCGGUUGCCCAGCCCAUGUGACACACUGACAGAAGUGUUGCAUCACUAUGAUCAUUAUGAGAACAUGUUGUUAUGAUUGUCAUCACCAGGACCAAGCUGAAGACCUAUCAUGAUGUGAUCCCCAUAUCCUGUCUCACAGAGUUCCCUAACGUGGUGCAGAUGGCCAAGGUGAGAACAUGGUUAGAUACAGUUUAUCAAAACAUAUGUUAAAAAGACGUUGAAAAGUGUCAUAAUUGUAUCAUAAUGACAUUUGAUGAAAGCAUCCAUGAUUUGGUGUUUCUUCUUUUUGACAGCUUGUCUGUGAAGAAGUGAAUGUGGAUCGCUUUUUUCCUGCCCUUUACCCAAAAGUAAGCCUUGGGUUUUGAAGUGUUCUGCUUCUGAGAUAUUUAACAACAGAAAUCUACCUUUACAUAGAUAGUUAACAUUUGAUACUGACUAUUCAUUUAAUCUGUGAUCUGUCAACAGGCUUCAAGACUCAUCGUCACUUUUGAUGAACAUGUCAUUAGCAACAACUUCAAGUUUGGAGUCAUCUACCAGAAGUUUGGACAGGUGAGCCUUGUUGAUACAUCAAGACCAGUUAAAACGAUUGGUAGCACUAAAUACAGUGCACAUCAAAUCAUCAUAAUGCCGAACUCAAGUACUGACUGAGUCCUGACGUGAAUUCAUUAACAUGAGUACCCUCUCUUGCAAUUCUCAUAAGAAAAUGAAUAUGUUUAAAGGGCAUGAUGAUGUGGCCGGUGACACUUUGCUUCUUAAAAGUCCAAUAUCUUGAAAACUUGACUGCUGACAUGCAAAACAUUUUGGGACUGUAUCAACAGUGGACUAAUGAAAGAAAAAUUGUUUUUAGUGGAGUUUCCCUUUAAUGCUUAUCCUCCUCCCCCAUCACGUUCAUAGAGUCUCUCUAAGCCUAAGCCAACUAUAUUUCUCUCUUCAAUAUUCCUUCUCAUUACAAUCACAGCACUAUUGUUUACUGCACUGAGCCAGAUAGGCUACUGGAGCCUCAACAGAGGGUCCUUGUAUCUUUUCAUGGAGCCUAGGGAGUGGAACUCCACAUCCUUGACCUUUAACCUCUAAAGGAGAGGGUCACACUCAGCAGAUAUAGGCUCCAUCUCACAGGGGCUCCAGGGGCUUCAAGAACCCUCUCCUCAGCACCCAGAGAGACAUUAACAUGCAGGAGAAACACUGGGGAUUGAAUCCACAUAGAAAAGCAAAAGCUAGAGAGAGAGAGAGAGACAAAGCACAAACACACAAAGGUCUGAGAGGUCCCAAUCAACCUCACUCAUAGAUGUGUACACACACACAGAGUCACUCCAGUCAGAGCACAAAUAAACUCACUAGACAGACAAAAGCACUCUCUCUCGUCCGUCAAAGCAAAGGGCCUCUCCUGUCUUCUCAUCUCACAGUGUGUGUAAUUGAUAGCCAGGAGCGAUAAGCUAACCCUCACCUCAUGUCUUCGCAUCAUAUACGCUUAUUGAAAGCUUGGUCUUCCUUCCUCCAAGCACUGACCUUAGAGAUCUAACCUUGUUAAAUGAGAACGGUGUGAUAUUAUGAAUAACCAUGUUCACUGUACUGUAUGUUUGUAAUUCAGCCCAAUGCUAAUCAUGCAUUAUGCUGAUGGAUGCUAAGGGUACUUUGGUCGGACGUACUAUAGAUUUUCUAAUGCAAGUGUUGUUGACAGUGUUUUUAUCUUGAUGUUUGUUGAUGGGUCCUGAAGCAUAGUUUUAUCCAGGUCCCUCUUUUGUGUGCAUUCUGUGAUCAGGGACAAAGGUUGUAUUGUUAUUCACUCAUUAUUAUAGUUUGUAUUAGCCAUAAUAAUUAUAGUAUUCACAGUAUAGCAAAGAACUUACAUCUUCUCAAAUAUGUCAUCAUGAGACCUUCAUAUAUAUGACAUGACAAUACGUUAUAUAAUCCUCAUAGUGCUUUGGUCAAUGGCAGUGUUAUUCUUCAAAUGUAUGACUGCUGUUAACCUCUAUAAAAUCCUUGUUUGCAGACAUCAGAAGUAGAGUUGUUUGGAAACAGUGACGAAAGUCCUGCCUUUGUUGAAUUCCUAGAGUUUCUGGGGGAGAAGGUUGAGCUGCAUGACUUUAAAGGGUAAGAACUUCCACCACAACUUUUUAAUAUACUCAUUCAAUAACAACAACCAGGAUAUUGUAUUGAUAUCCUUAACAGUGUGUUGGAGAAAGAGGUGGUUUCACUGAAUGGUCCUGUCUAUCUGUCUAGGUUUCGUGGUGGGUUGGAUGUGACCCACGGCCAGACAGGCUCUGAGUCCGUCUACCACAACUACCGCAACAAGGAGGUCAUGUUUCAUGUGUGCACCAAGCUGCCUUACACUGAGGGGGACACACAACAGGUACUGUACCAGCCUCCCCUGCUCUACCUCUCCUGCUCUAUACAUUUGAUACAAACUUUCAUCAUCACACUGAGUUUCUGUCAUGGAUCAUGUUUUAAAGUAGUAGAAGGAGCAUUGGUAUUCAUAUGAUCUAUUAUGAUUGAAAACAUAAUGGAAACAUCCAUGCAGCGGAUAUAUAUUUCAGUCCAGUCUUACAUGAGUAACUUUCUCAGUCUUCACUCAUCAGGGAAACUGUCACAACACAAACACAGACAGACACCUUAUCAGGACUCACACCAACAAUGUCUUAAGCCUGUCUGGACAAACACACACCAUAAGUUAUCAGGACGGACACACACAAUGUGUAAUCAGAGCCCCCAGCUGCAGUGGGAGAAGCCGAUUGAGAGUAAAGCCAAUCAGAGCUGUUGUCCAAGUUGAUAUGGUGGAGCAGCAAACUUUCCCCUAGUGUUUGUUUGUCCUGGCUCUUCAGUGGACAGCCAGACAUCUGCUGUGAGAGAGAGGGACGGAGGGAGAGGGGAGAGAGUGAGAGAAAAGACAGACAGACAGACAGACAGACAGACAGACAGACAGACAGACAGACAGACAGACAGACAGACAGACAGACAGACAGACAGACAGACAGACAGACAGACAGACAGACAUGUUCUUGACCAUUCCAUGUGAUAUGAAUGCAGAGUUUUUUAAACAAGUUGCUGUGUUGUGUUGUGUUGCAGUUGCAGAGGAAGAGGCACAUAGGGAACGACAUCGUGGCCAUAGUGUUUCAGGAGGAGAGCACUCCCUUCGUACCAGAUAUGAUUGCCUCCAACUUCCUCCAUUCCUACGUAGUGGUGCAGGUGGAGAAUGCCUGCACUGAUAACGUACUGUACAAGGUGCUGUAUCGAUCCCUGAUCUUCACUAAUAAACACAUAGACUGUCUCAUGUAGCCCACCAAACUAUCAUACCAUACACACAGUAUAUCAUCACCAUUCAUGGCACAUGUGAUUGUCAUCUGUUAGGUGUCAGUGACAGCGCGAGAUGACGUACCUUUCUUUGGACCUCCCCUGCCAGACCCGGCCGUCUUUAGAAAGGUGAGUUGGUCCAACUUCAAUCCCAACUGCGGUGGACUACGGUCAGCUUCAGUGUUUUCUCCCUCCUCCAUCAAUUUCCUCUUUUAUCCCAGGGUCCAGAAUUCCAGGAGUUCCUCUUCACAAAGCUCAUCAACGCUGAGUAUGCCUGCUAUAAAGCUGAGAAAUUUGCCAAACUGGAGGUGAGUUAUUCUCAAUCUCAGUCAUGGUUUUCAAUGCCAGCCAGCCUUAUUUUGGCAGACAGUGUUUUCAGUGUUUCUCUGCCAAUGUGUGACACCUACCAUUACUUAUCAUCUGUGAAUGCUUUUCUGGGAAUUUGUUUGCGUGCAUGCGUGGUUAUGUGUGUUUGUUAUCAGGAGCGUACACGGUCCGCCUUGCUGGAGACGCUGUAUGAGGAGUUACACAUCAACAGUCAGGCCAUGAUGGGUCUGGGAGGAGACGAGGACAAGAUGGAGAACGGGUCCGGAGGAGGAGGGGGCUUCUUUGAGUCCUUUAAGGUAACCAGGCACAGCUGGGAAAAGGCUUGGGGCAAUAGGCUUAGUUUGCACUGACUAAUAUGUUUUUACACAUCAACACUUGUUCCUGAAUAUGUAGCUUAACUGAAACUAAAACAGAGAACCUUUUAUAUCUUAUAGUGGCACAGUUUUUUUACACUGCACUAUUUCUCUGUUGUUCCCCCUUGGUUGUACAGGUUGUUGUCUGUCUGGGGGUUUCCCAGAAUGUCCAUGUCCAUAAAUAAUACAGGACACUGGAGUAAAAUGCUUGAUCAAUCUCCAUUAGUCUGUCUGGGGAGCAGCUCUGUCUCUGUGCUCUGCUGCUCUGUCCUGUGGGCUUACUGAAUGAAUGGCUCACCAGCUUCUCAAUGUCAGGCUUCAUGUGUUGUGUUGUGGUGUGUUCUGUCUGCAGCAUGCUGCCUUGUGUUUGUGACAUAGCUGGCUUUAUUUCCUUUGUUUCACCCUUCCAGAUACAUACAAUACUAGUUAUGAAAAUGGGCAUACACUCACGUAUCUCUCUCUCCAUCAGAUGUUCUAUCUCUGUUUCUCUGUCUCUACCUCCAGUCAGGUCCUCUGGGUUCAUUGGUUUUGGAUGCUCUCCAACUGGUGUUAACUGUGGACAUAAGCAGGCAGAUAUCUCCCUCACUGCUCUACAACCCCCCAUUGUCUUCCCACCCACCUACGCUGACUAAGCCCCUGUCCGCUUGGGGACUACAAGCUUAGUGUUUCUCCUUGCGUCUACCUUAGUGUUGGAUGGGAACUUUCUGGGUCCCGCUAUGUAUCUCGUAGUUCCAGUGUUGUUCUCCUCACUAUGAUUCUGUAGCUAGCAGUGGUGGGGUUAGAUUCAGUACCAGCUUAGUGCUUGUCCUGCUCACUCUGACUGAGGUGGUUAGUUAGGGUUAGAGUCAGUGCUAGACCCAGCUCAACGUGUCUCCUCCUCGUCUGUCUCUGUAGCGGGUGAUUCGCAGCAGAAGCCAGUCUAUGGAUGCCAUGGGUCUCAAUUUCAAGAAGCCACACACUGUCUCCACUAGUCUCAGCGUCAACUUUACCCACAACCCACCUGAGAGCCCCAAAUUCCCGGGGAUAGUAAGUACACUAAAGUAACAGUACCACUGACAGCUCUGGUCUUGGGUGAGGUGAGCGACGCUCUCUGUCCCUUCCCUGAGAAACCCUUGAUAGAGCCCAGUCCUUGCCCCUUCACACGCCUGCCUAACUCACGAACCUCUCACACAAUAGACAUGGAUAAGUCUUCACUCACACAACCUCUAUAAGCUAGAGUUACUAGACACUCACAACUUAGCCUUGCAUUGACAUUUGUAGUCAGGUGAGUUACCUCCUUGGCACUAAGGUGCUUUUAACAUUGAAUGCAUUCUAAUAUUGUUUUCAUUAUUAAAAUCCCCUGCCCAUGCAUUGCAUCUGAAUGGGUCCCUGCACUGUGUGCUCUGUGUACAUGCCAGCUCCAGCUUGUGCUUGAUAUUUGCUGUGUGAUGUUUAUAUCAAGAACACGCCUGUUUGUUAUAAGAGUUCAAGGGGAGUAUGUAGUAUGUACAUGAUGUUUAGUGCGUACAUGGUGAGUAUUUCUGAAACAUUUGUCAGACAGAUGGAAUGAUAUGACACUCCAGUGGCAUUAUCAAAGUGUGGUUUCUGGGGGUUUUCUGGAAAAAAUGUAUGUGAAAUUCUGUAUAUUUGGGGUGUAGUAUAUCAUUGACACUGACUUUGUUAAUGAAAUGUAGGAUAUUAUUUUAUUAAUUAUAACAAAUCUACUGUAUAACAAAUCUUAAGAGGACGCUAAUUUGUUCACUCACAAGAUCAUUGUCUACUAGAUGGUCUCUUGAAGCCACACAAAUGUUAGUCCAAGAUUUCACAUCAAAAGGACAGGCUCAAUGAUACCCAACAUUACUUAUUGGUAAUUCAAAGCAUGAAACAACAACAAGUGCUUUUCAAACGUGUAACCACCCUGUAUGUGACAGUACCGGAGGCUUUCUUCAUGUUCCUGUCUGCUGUACUCUCUUACCCUGUAACGUACUGUAUGUACUUGUCUGUGUUCUGCUAUCCUCUUUCCCUUUCUGCUCAAGUCCUUCUCUUCGUUUCACUGCCUGUGUCGCACCAACGGUGCCCAAAUUCUCUCUCUGUCUCUGUUUUAUUACUGCGCUUUGAUUUGUAACCUCCGGCUGUAACAUGUGCUUUAAUGUAUUUUGUUUUAUUAACAUAACUUGCUGCAUGAAAUCUCAUGUUGUUUUUAUCUCCUCUCUCUCUUUCUCUCUCUCCCUCUCUCUUUUUCUCUCUCUUUUUCUCUUUCUUUCUUUCUCUCUUUCUUUCUCUCUCUCUCUCUCUCUCUCUCUCUCUCUCUCUCUCUCUCUCUAUCUAUCUCUCUCUCUCUCUCUCUCUCUAUCUCUCUCUCUGUAUGACUCAGUCAUUACUUGUCCCAGGGAAAAGUCCCAGUAAAUAUGGACGUCGAGGCAGUGCCAUAGGGAUAGGAACAGUAGAAGAGGUUCAUAUCUAAUUCUAACUACUCCAUCCUUACUACUCUACCCCUCUGUCUCUUUUUUCUACAUGACUCCAUUGCAUCGUGACCAAACACUUUUCCUGUGGUUGAUCAGUGAACCAUAACAUUAGGAUUCCAGGGCAAACACUCCAUAAAUGCAAAAGGCCGACUCCUCGUAUAAUGAAAUACAUGACUUUCUUAGCAGGAGAUUGCAUCUAUAAAGUAUUGUACACAUGCAGCUAUAGUUUUACUGAGACACGUGAAGUGUCUUGCCUCUUUCAACUGUUCGAACUACAUCACACACUUUACAUUAGUCUUUGAUCCAUGUAACAUCAGAUGAAGAUACAACGCUAGCACAAAUAACGUUUUGUAUAACUGCAUAAAGACAAGUGGUCAGUUUGAUGCUGUAGCACUUCCCCUUAGCCCUCACCUCACUGGUCUGUGUUGUUUUGACGUUACAUUGUAUUGUGUGUUCACCCUCUGUAGUCUCCACAAGUAUCGCUCAACAUGUAAUUCUUGUUUUGCUAAUUCUACAUUUGUUUAAAACUAUGAAUAUUUAUGGUUUAGAGAACAUCCCCCCCAAAAAAGAAAACGUAAAUUAUCCUCAAGCUCUUUCAUCUCAUGCUCUGCUCUGCUCUCACUAGUCUAGCUGAGUCGCACUGGGGCUUGACGCUAAACCUAAUAUUCUAAUGUUUUCUUAUCUGUGUUAGCUUCAACUCCAAAGCAUGAGUACCAUUACUUUGUAGUCUGAUUAUAAUGAUUCACUCUUUUGCAAGAUAGAACAUCUUGUAUUUUUCCUGUGUAGAUGGUUUAUACUGUCUCACAAUUUUGUGAACGAUGAUCCUGUACCUUAGCGAUGGCAUUUUGAAAAUACAAGUGAUGAUAUACAAUAACACUUAACAUAAUAGUAUUAACAGAAAAACAAACAGCGCAUAAUGAUGCAAUAACCUUAGUGCUAACAGUAGACAGAGAUGCCAUGUUGGGCUAUGGAUAGGCUGUUAUUGUGAUAGAAGGGAUGUCAUGGUGCUCACUGGUUGUUCUUACCCCUGUCCUAUCAGUCUCUGAUCAUCCCUGGGAAGAGUCCAACCAGGAAGAAGUCUGGUCCCUUCAGCUCCAGACGCAGCAGUGCCAUCGGCAUCGAGAAUAUCCAGGAAGUCCACGAGAAAAUGUGAGUGUAAACUACUGGUCAUUUUUAACAAGGACGGUGUCAAAAUUCAGGGACACGAAUAUUGUAAACAUGAUGUUGAGAUGUUAGUGACGAUGCCUCUGUGUUUCUCUCUGAUACCCUGUCCCUGUAUUUGUAUCCAAUGCCAUGUCGCUGUGUUGGUAUGUACCCUCCUGCCCGUCUUAUUCAGCCUUGUCCCCUCCCCCCUCAGCAGCAGCUACAGCAGUAGGGAGUGUUUACCUGGCACACAGAAGACACCUGACAGUGACCACACCUCUCAGGACCCCAAGUCUGAGAACUCCUCCAAUCAGAGCUCACCAGAGGCGCUCACCACAAAGAACAUGUGAGUAGAUGACAUCACAGAUACAGGCCAAUAUGAUCAUUCACAUUAAAAUGUAAGUGUCAUAUCAACACGAAAGUCCAACAUCACCAGGACAAUGUGAUUUAGGUACCCCCAAGUACCCUCACAUAUGUACAUCUUCUUCUGUAGACAGUGUAUGAGUAACUCAUUGUAUAGUUCUAUUGGUGUACCAAUAAUGCAGCAUGGUCCUGUCACAGUGUUGCUGGCUGACUCAGGAUGUAGGUUUGCUCUUUGUAACAACAGAACCCAGUCUAUCCCUGAGGGUCACAACCUUUCCCGCUCCUCCUCCAACGCCAGCAGCUUCACCAGUGUGGUGGAGGAGAAUGAGACAGAAGCCAUGGAGGACUACGACACUGGCAUGGUGAGUGUAUGCAUGUUUGUGUGUGUGUAUGCUAAUGUUUGUGUGUGUGUAUGCUAAUGUUUGUGUGUGUUUGUGUUUUGCCAUCCAUCUAACUGCCAGCAUGUAUAUGUUCCCCAGGAGAGCCAGUCGUCAGCGGGGAUGCCCCACACGCGGGACUUGUUAACCUACAGUACAUGGCUGGAGGACAGUAUGAGCAGCACAAGCACCACCAGCCGAGGCAGCUCGCCAGGUGAGAGGAGAGAGAGAGUGCCCUGGGGACUAGGGGGCAGGGUGGAGAUUGAGGAUAUACAUAAAAGAGGGCAUAAGGUACAUAUGAGGAUAGUCAAUUACAGUUGCUUGCCAGGUCGUGAUUGUAAAAGAGAAGGUCUUCCCCAUUGGCGUUGGCUAAUGGGGAUCCUAAUAUAUAAAAAAUAAAUGACCUAAAUGCCAUACACAAAAAAAAUGUAUGUAUGCAUGACUGUAAGUCGCUUUGGAUAAAAGCGUCUGCUAAAUGGCAUUAUUAUUAUUAUUAUUAAAUUAAGGUCACCAUUUGGCAGUUUGAUUAUGUAGAUAUAUCUGAUUUAUAGCCGUAUUGAGUCAGAGAAGGCCAUAUGUCUCACACAGUGCAGCCUGAUCCUAAAGUUUUACUAUUCAGGUCAUGUGUUGUAUUAUCCAGGUCCUGGUAAACCUGAUGGAGGUAAAGGGUCAGAGAUACGUAUCAAACUGGACCGGCCACAGGAUCAUCAGUCCUCAUCAGUAAGAAAUCCUCCAUCCCGGGUCUGGGCCUGACACUGUAAAUGGAUGUGUGCUCUCUGCCUUUGCAUGAAUUCUUCUUCUGUUAUGUGCCGUAUGCAUUGGUAUUGUAACUUCUGAUGUCGUACUUCUGAAGCAGUUGUACUGUAGUUGAUCUGCUGUUCUAUCAGUGCUGUCAGGCUGUGGUUACCAUUGUUGUUGUUUAAUUCUUCCUUGCUCUCUCUAUGCAUCUCUGUCUGUAUGCCCUUCCUGUCCAGAACUGUUAGCCUCUCCCACCUGAUUGUUUCCUGGAUGUCCAUCUGCAGGUUAUUACUUUCUUCAUACUGUCUUGAGUCUCUCUCUCCAAUAAGUACCCAUAAGUGCACAUAGAACAAGUUUGUCAAUUAUUAUUUUAAAGGUUACUCCAAAGAAGAAACAAGACCUGCAUUACUUAUUCUCAUAAAACAUUGUAUGAUGUUUUCACAUAUAUUUCUAUAUUUUGCUGUCAGCCUUUAGUAAGAGUCUGAUCUUGUCUCCUAUCCCUAAAGCAUUCCCAUAAGACACAAUCCUUCCGGGAGAUGAGACGAGCGCAGGCUUUCGCCGUAACCAAUGACGACGAUGAGGAGGUGUACCCUGACCAGUCUGCUGGUCAGUGAGACCAGACCACCCCUUCCCAGAAGCCCCAGCGGUGGCGUGGGCGAGGGCUGGCAUGCCAGGGGAGGAAGUCAUACACAAACUUUUCCAAAGUGUUGUUUAUUUCUGCUCACUCUCUCACUUGUCUGUCUGUACACAUAUCUUCUGCCUGGCUUUGUGUUUCAGAAGCACUCUUUUCUUACCCAUGAAGUAAAUAGGUCUAUUUGUCCCAGUGAACAAAUGGUACCUUUGGUUCAGUUUUGUUGAGGCCUACUGUAUAUAGACAUGCGGAUCACACUCUGCCAGAGACUUUGUUAUGGGCAUGUUGGUGUAGUCACAUGGAUUGUUCAGUAUAGUGGGAAAGAAUCUAUUCAAUUUGAUUUAACCCAUUUAAUCUCAAAUACCAAUACCAAAUAUCCAACAACAAAGAUGUGUGCUUUUUAAUUAAAUGUCCAUUAUUGGUUAUGUUGAAUACAGUUUAAUGUGUUAGUGAUUUUUCAGGUAAAGUGAUUGUAAUUUGUCUAUUAGCCAUAGCUUUAACUUACUGUAUAGAACAGUACAGCCAGUUGCUCUGACAGAGUGAAUAUUUUCUUCUCAAUAUACAAUAGCUGGGAUAUUGUCGUCACAAUAUACAAUGUACUUCAAGCCUCACAUGCUCAUACUGUAAAUUAAAAUGAAGAUAGACAUCUAACAAGAAAAAAAGGAAAUAUAGCCUUAAACCUUUAAAAUACAGUUUUUCUUAACCUUCAAUAUUCAUUACUACCCUUAUCAACAUGGUCAGAAGCAGACUGUAAUUGGACAAUGCAUGGUUUCAGAUUAUAUGGGGGAACUUUAUGUUUCACACUAUUUUUGAACACAGGAUGCUCAUUGCUAACUGGUACCGAUGUAUUAUUGUGAACCACCAUCAAUUUGUGUAAUUGUAACCUAACAGGCAAUUUUUGCUUUGCACUUUCUGUCCACAGAAACAGUUCUCUAUUAUGUUGUGUAUCAAGCAGGUUACCGAGGUCAGGAAUGUAAAGAUGCGUUGAUGACUACAGGGGUAAUUCAUAACUGAAUUGGAUAACAUACUGUAUUAGUCCAUCCUAUCAGCUACUUUGCCGGUCUACUCUACAUUACAAAUCCUGCAGCCUAAGUGUUGUCAUCGGUACCCGCAGAGAAAUAUGUUUGUAUUUAUUUAUUUGGUUUUAUUUGGGGAUGGGAUGGGGGACUACUGUAUUAUUAUACAGUAUAUUUCACUGUUUCACAAGAGUCAUAUUCUGUUGAUAGAUUGAUAGUAUAUUAUGGGACAGAUGUACAGAGAUGAAUGCUACAGUUUAUGCAUGUUAUAUACAGUAUAAUCCUACCCACCACUCCACGCCAGAUCUAAUUUAACCUGAUAAUGACAUUUAUUUUAGUGAAAAUCAUGAUGGAGUUAUAUGUUAUACAUUUACAUACAACCCUGUUUAUUCUGUUGAGUACUGCCAAAUUAACACAUUGUGUGUCAUGUUCUAUCACUGGUGCCCUUAUCUUUCAAGUACAAUUUGAAAGUAUGUUUUAAAAUAAACAAAAACUAUCCCACACUGUUUGCUCAAUAAAAGGGAAAAACGCAUUACUAUGAAGUGACUUGUGGUUGCAUUAUCAUGAUAAAGCUGACAAAUGUGUGAGGAAAGGUAUCAGAGCAACAAAGGUUGAAUGUAGAACAGAUAUUGAACAGAUACUGUAUAUGUCUAUCUAACUAAAAUUGCCCUGAUAGCUUUUAUAUUCAACUGCCUUUUGGAUAUGAUUUCAUUCUUAGAUCUUUAGUUUGUGAAUAAUGGUACUGUACACGUUCACCUCUUGCCCUAGAUCCCUGUUUAAAUAUGACUUAAAGAAAGAUGCCAUUCCUCCUUUGAUAUUUUGUCCCAGGGUUUAUCCUAGCUACAACACGGUUCCACAAGCCAUCAUAACAUUUGUGACAGUUAAACAAUGAAAAGUGUGUAGCCUACUGUUUACCUCUUUAUCAUUUUUCUGUACUGAAUUAAACCAUUGAAGGAAUGUCCUAUAAAUAAUGUAUUUGAUGUGGCUAACCACCACCAGUAUCUAAAUGUAGAGCACUCUAAAAGUUGAGGCUACUCUCCUCCUCUCCUCUUACAUAACUGUGCCACAUGGACCAGAUCAGCAUAAAAUAUGUGAGUCAGUAACUCAUCAUCAUCAAGGGGGGAAGAAAUGGUAUCAAUGCGUGAAAAGGACUGAGACAGAUGCAGUUUUUUUUUACAAAUAUAAAUGAUAUACUGGUACUACUCACAACUUCUAACCUUACCUAUGUCUUUAUGUUAGACUAUACUCUUCAGUCUUUACGUUAGUCCAGUAUAGACAGAAAAAGCUACAUUUCCAAUUACUCAACAGAGUGAUGGUGCCCUCCAGUGGUGUACACUUACUUAUAUGUGCAUAUUAUUGUUUUAUGUGAGUUGCUGUGCUUAUGGGAUUGUCACAUUGGAGAUGGGGAUCUAGUAAAGCACAAUGCCGCACUGCCGCAUCAAGUUACUGGAAUUUAAAUUAUACAUUAUUUAGAAAAUGUAUGAACACUGCUUCAGUGUGAUCUAUGUAAUUGAUUGUAUUUGUGUUCUGUUUUAAUAGUGCAUUCCUGUAAGAAAUUAUAUUGUAAAUAUGUUUUCUUCCAUUUGUAAAUAUAGCCAAAAUAUGAAAUAAAGAGCCUGGAUUCAUUCAGAUGUCUUACUGAGUUUUGAAUUUUGUGGAGAAAAUGUUAUUAUUUUUAACUAACCGUAAAGUUGUUUGUUAUAAAGGUUUCAUGGUUUAAUGGUCAUGGCUAAAAGGGAUCCAGCUUUUGUCAAAUGAACGUCAGAUUGGACUUUUCGUAGCAGGUUAGGAUAAUUAACGUAGCAGAUUAGGAGAAUUAGGUUAAUGUUUGGAAAAGGUUUACGGUUAGCUAAAAUACAAAAAAUAUAAUAUAAUUUCUACGUUAAUUUGACAAAAGCUGGAUCCCUUCUAGCCAUGACCUUGUUUUAUGGGAAGGCAUAGUUUGAUGGAACCGUUCCAUCAGAUGCUUCCCAUCAGAACCUUCUAGAAUUAGAUUUGAGACAAUCGUACAGAGGUAUAAUUAUACGCAAGAAGUGAUUGCAUGUAUUUAGGUCAUGAACCCUUUAUUCAGGGAUACCAUAAUAAACCAAAUAUAUACCGUGUAUUUUCAAAUAUUGAGCACAUUCAGGUCAUUACUGAGGCGGAACCAUGUCGAGGGAGAUUUUAUAACAGGAAAGGAGGAAGAGUGUUCUAGUCGGACCGGAAGUUGUCUCCCAGAGUCACAUUGAAAAACGAAAAUCCAUGCUAACGUUAGCUACGCUUGUAGCUAGCUAGUGUGAAGUAAGUCAUUGGGAAAAUAUUAAUUUAAUUAGCGAUUUAAUCAUGUGUCGUUAGUAAACGGCAUACCGGCAUUACUUGGAAACGUGUCAAAUGUAGCGUUAGGGUUAGGAAACGUGCUCAAUGUAGCGUUAGUUAGCAAGAGAGCCAACAUGCCAGCUAACAAGCAGUCAUAGAAAUCAACUGAAUCUCAAUGCUAACGUGUCAGCAGCUACGUUAGUUACUUUUUUGUAGCAGGUUAGGAUAAUUUACGCAACAGAUUUUGGAUAAUUAACGUAGCAAGUUAGGAGACUUAGGUUAGGAAAAGGGUUAGGGGUAGCGAAAAUCACCUUGUAUCGAAGCGGUAUGAAAAGAGUGUGUCCCAGCUAGUUACGAGAAAUACUAUUUUCAUGUCACUUUGAUACAGCUACGACCAGAAGUGACUUUUUCGUAGCAGGUUGGGAGAAUUUACGCAGCAGGUUAUAAUAAUUAACGUAGCAGGUUAGGAAAUAGUAGGUUAAGGUUAUGAAAUAGUAGGUUAAGGUACUUUCCUAACCUGCUACGAAAAUCACUAAUGUAGAUAUAUCAAAGUGGCGUUAUGGGGCCACUACCUGAAGUGUAAACUAUGGACCAGCAAUACACUUCACAUGACUUGAUUGAAGGUUUUACAAUAGACAUUAAUGGUCUCUAACAUUUUUCCAUAGGGCACGCACUGGAGCAGCAUACGGACUCAUUCAUUCCUGAUGACUCCAGUUGAAUAAUCUUAGACAUGUUUAUCUCAAGGGUGGCCCCUCGCCUCAGUCUGCUUUGCAGAGCAACUGGUAAGUUUGUCAAGACACACAUAAGAUCUAUAGCUUGCUUAAAGUGGAACUGACAACGUUUUAACUACUUUGCCGAUAUGAAACAAACAGGCAGUCAUAAUAUCAGUAAAACAUAUCAAAUUCCCAGUUUAUGCUACAAAACCGACUUUAUAAGAGGUUUUAAAAAUAGGUUAUAUUUGACUCAACAUUCCAUGACGUACACUAAAGCCUUGUUGGCAGAAUAGAUGGAUGCAGUUCAAUGCAUGAUUAAUAUAGUUCACCAAUACAUUUCUUGGUAGUCCAAAAAAUAUUGCUAUCAAGUUGUAAAUCACAGCUGGCCAGGUACAUUGUUUUCUGUUUCAGUUUCCAUGACUCUAUAUUUUGGACAAAAACUGAAGAUUAAGGCUGGGAAUGUCAAUACAAUCAAACCAGCAAGGGUAAUGAUCACAAGUCAGUCAUAACGUGGUUAAUAGGCUAGCGUAUCUAUUUAUGUAGCAAGCUAAAAACACGAAGCCUAAGGGUUCGCUAGCUGCUAGGAGGAUGUCAUGUCAUUGGAGGAGGGGGUGAGUGACUGACUUUUUCUCCUCAUAUCGUUUUUCGAUGGCUAUACACAGCUAAAUGCAGGUGUCAUUUGGUUAGCUACCUAGAACUUGAACGACUGUUAUCCAGUUAGCAUAUCCCUAGCGUUCGCAAAUUCACUCUGGCUAUCUACUCCGAUUUCAGAGCACUCUCGUCUGUGUGCCAGAGCGCAGAAUUACUGAUGAAUUUACGAAGACGUAACACCGGUUGAAUAUGACCGGUGUCAGUAAACGUAGGCAAAAAAAGUAAUAGUUAGUCACGAACGCUCUAGAUAACAUGUAAACAGCCUAGCUAACCAGCUCUGCUAGGGCGAGUAAAAUGGUCAGAGUGAGGUGUUCUCUCAUUUGUCUGGAAGUAGCUAGCUAGCCAACUUUAGACACUUAGUUUGGGUGCUUGGUUGCAGGCAAGCUGUAGAAGGACAAGUAGGCUACAAUUCGCCAUCGUUUAUCAGUGCAAUUUUGACGGCCAACUAGCUGAAACAGUUUGAGAGGGUUUAUCUAAUGUUCCUUUGUUAGAUUUUAGCUCAUCUCGCUCUGGUUAACAUUAGUUGAUCUUGUUGUUAAUGUGCAUAACUGAGGGUGAGAGAGAGCCUAUGGUUUGAUCAAGAGGACUGGGAAGUUCCCAAAUGUAAGAGGACUCCUGUGGUAUUGACAUAUUUGCAGAAAUCCAUUGAUGGCUUUUGGCGAAUCCGUUCUAAUUAUCUAAAGUCGCACUGUUGCAACUGCCUGGAAACACAGUCCAGUUCAAAGUGAAUGAUGGCAGGCCUGUGUGGCAAAUGGCUUGCUUGAAUGAAGGCCUACUGUAGCUCUGAUUGGCUAUGGUGCACCGGUCUGCGUAGACUCCAGUCCUGGAUGAGACAGAUGUUUUUAUUAGGUUUUAUUUACUGCAGUGUCUAUUAAUUGUCCAAACGCACAGCCACUUUCCCACUCUAUAUUGCUAUACAAUUUUCACAAGUGCCUUAGCAUAUGUAAUUCACAAACUUUCAAAGAAUUUAUGAAAACGUGAAAAUGACUAUCUAAGUGCUCCCUUGUCAGAUUUUGUUGUUGUUGAAAGUGUCAUAUUCUUUCUGGCAGUGUAUAAGAACAGAUUUUAAUAAGAUAUCAUGUUGCUAUAAUGCUGUCAGUUCCACUUUAAAGUGUGGCACUAUCACUUGAAAAGUCAAUUAAUACAAUUCUGUUUAUUCCCCUUCAAUACUCAGGUGCACUUCAGACUCCAGGACAGUCAUUGAGUGGAUCUCUACUGCCCAUCUUCCCUGCUUGCUGCUCUUCUCUAAAUGUAAAACCCAGACACUAUGCGACAGCAGCAGACAACACACAGCCUCCCCAACGCUGGGUUGCACUGGAGCCAGAGCUGGAAGAGUUUCUUGUCCCUCGUAAUCUAUCAGUGUCCCCACUGGAGAGCUGGCUCUCCCUGCGCUACUCCCUCCCUCCCCUGCUAGAGGCUCCUCAGCCCCUGGAGGAAGGAGACAUGAUGGUGGACACCAAGGUGUUGCCCCCAUUUGCAGUCCCUCUCCUGGAGGAGGGUGAUGGCUCAGUCACGCCCCUCAGCUGUAAGAACGUGCUGGAGAUCAGGCGGCGGAAGAUGAACAGGCACAAGUACAAGAAGCUGCUGAAACGCACCAAGUUCCUGAGGAGGAGAGUGUUGGAGGGCAGGAGGAAAAAGAAGCAGGUCAGUGUUUUGGUUGAAGAUGGGAGGAAGAAUGUUGUUCUUAAUUGUUGUUCUUAUGAGUAUUAACUCUUCAAAGGAUACUUCGGGAUUUUGGCAAUGAGGCCCUUUAUCUACUCCCCCAGAGUCCGAUGAACUCAUGGAUACCAUUUUUAUGUCUGUGUCCAGUAUGAAGGAAGUUAGAGGUAGUUUCGCGAGCCAAUGCUAACUAGCGUUUGCACAAUAACUGGAAGUCCAUGGGUAUCUGCUAGCAUGCUACUUCUAACUUCCUUCAUACUGGACAGACAUAAAAAUUGUAUCCACAAGUUCAUCUGACUGGGGAAAUAGAUAAUGGGCCUCAUUGUCAAAAUCCCGAAGUAUCCCUUUAACGGCUUAUCACUCACAGUUUAUGUUACCUCAGUAAUAAUGUCCCCACUGCUUUGAACAGAUUGUAACUACACUUAAUACAGUCACUGUUAGAGCUCUAAUGGGGUCUUUUCUGUCCUUGUGUGCAGAAACGCUUUGAGAAGGAUCUGCAGAGGAUCUGGAUGCGAGCUGGACUGAGGAAAGCCCCAGAGGGAUGGAACACACCCAAGAUCUUCAUUAAACAGUACAAGUCCAAGAGGGAGUGAAGAAGAGUACAUGCAAGGCUGAAAGCCUUCUGGCACACCGCUGACUGACCCACAUACUGGGUCAUAACAGGACACAUAUGCUUUUCCUCAAACACAGCAGAGCAGCCUGCUCUCCUUUGCUACUUGAAACAGAAGUCAGUGAUGUGGAUAUUUUCCAGAUGUUCUCUCCUGUUGAGUGUGAUGUUCGUUGUAAGUAAGUGAAAAGAAACAAUAAAGAUUUGUUUCCCAUCCUAAUAA